UGACAGCUGGCAGAAAGAGGUUAUGUUGGCAAUACAAAAGGCCACUUGUUUUUUUACAUUAAAUAGUUAUAAUCGUUGUAUUGUUUAAAGUAAACGAUUUUACACUGCCGGAUUUGUAAGUGAAUAAUCCAAUUAAAUUGAAACCGAAGAGUAACACGAAUGUUAUAAUAUGGAAUUGCCAACAAAAAAGAAAUGCUCAGAACCGGCGCCGGAACUGACUGAAGCUGUAGAUAAAGAUAAAGUGUUUUUAAUAUAUAAAGGUCAAUCUUUUGAAGAGAGCAGGAGCAGGCUCUCUAAAUAUUCUCUGUUUUUUAACAACCUUUUUACGGGAGACUAUUCUGAUAGCACAAGCGAGAACCUCGAGAUUAAACACCAGGAAGCGAAUCUAGACACUUUCAAGGUUUUCCUGACUUGUCUAAAUUCUGAACAACCAUUUGCAGUUGGAUUCGUCGUUAAUGACUCUUUAAAGAAGUAUGAAGGUGAUAAUUUCGAAGAACUGCAACAACUAUUUCGGCUAGCUCUUUAUUUCCUAGCCGACGAUCUGCUCAGUUGUUUAUCAUAUAUUAUUGUAACCAAUUGGUUCAAUCCAAUGCAUAUCCUGGAUAUAUGGUUGAUGGCUGAAGGUUUGGCUUGUGAGGAUUUGCAAAAAGCAGCCUUUGCUAUGUGCUUGGACAUCUUUGAAAGCAUACCAAAAGACUUACUCUUUGCCUUGCCAAUGAUUAAUUUUCAAAUGAUCAUCACAAAUCCGAAUUUAAGAUCUUCGGAAGCUCAUCUCAAGGAGAUUGUCAACGAAUGGGCUCAAAAGAAUAACUUAACAGAAGUGACACAAGAGGAUAUGAUUUCGAAGUUCAAGAAUGCUGAAAUCAACAAUAAGGCCAGAUAUUUGCAAUGUGUUACUGGUUUUGUAACAAUUCCUGAAUCUGGAGAGGAAACGAUUGUGUUUGUUUGGGACGGUACUAUCAAUAAAUUAGAGGUAUUAUCGAAAAUCUCAGAUGGAAUUAAGGCUUUUGCACUUGCUGGUUCACAGAUUUUGGGUAGAGGCUACAGUGUUUACGUUGUCGGCGGCGAAAAAUCUAUUGGUAAAGGCUCCUUCAGUAAGGUUGUUACGCGUUAUUGUCUUCUUACAAAAACGUGGUACAAAGUAGCAAGUUUACCUGUGCCGAGAAGACACAUGGUAGCUGCAUUUUUGGACAACAAAUUGGUAUUAGUCGGUGGUGUAGGACUGCAUCGUAUAAAACUCAGCUCAGUUCAAGUGUUAGAUAUUUAUACAGGUAUCUGGACGAAUGGUCCAGACGUUCCUCAGGAAUUUACUGAAAAUCCGCCUACUUGUGUAAUUGGAGAUCAGCUUCUAGUUGCAAUGUCCGGUAUCUACAGUUACAAAUUAGAAAGCAACAAGUGGGACAUUUUUUGGCAGGAUAAAAACACGAUUAUUAAUAAUAUGGUGUGCUGCAAUAAAAAAUUAUACGUGACUGUUAGAAAACCUCUUGAAUCAAUGGCUGUUCAAAUUUAUUUAAUGGAACAAAAUGAGAGUUCGAGGGGACUCGUACUAUUAUCUUCAGUAAUUGUAGGCUCAGUUUACAAUUUUUUAUCAAUUGAUAAUCGCCUUGUUUGGUUCUUCAUGAGUAGUUGUGACAAGUUAGACGUUGAAGUUGACGAAAUUGAAAGCACUUCUUACAAUCAAUUGCAGCGGAAGUCAGUUCAGAUAAAAGAGAAAAUGCGUUUGAAGUCCCAUAUAGGAUGUUUUAAUGUUCUGAAUCCGAAAGAUUUAAUGCCACAGCUGGAUGCAGUGUGCAGUAUCUAGAUUGAUAAACAGGAGAACUCAUCUCAGAGAGUGGCGACUUGGCCGGGAAACCGAGAAAGGCCGAAAACUUUAUUGGCCUUGAAGAACGGAGAAAUGACCAGGAAUUUAAUUUCAAAAACCGGAAAUUUACUUCUGAUCACAGUUAAAUUUAAGUUUUCAUUAUUUAAUUGAUUUUGAUGAAUUUCGAAGUGAUUUAUGCUUUAUCGACAGUCGCAGA